AUGUCCACGCCCUACAGGCUCGAACCCCCCUCAGGCCCUCCUCAUAGCAUCCCCUCCAGCUCCUACGAGACUAUCUUGAUGGACCCUUCUUACAGGGAGCUAGUGCAGCAGCCUGAACUCGCCCAGCCCCCUAGGAUCAGUUCCCACCACAACUUGGUACCCAACGCCUCAACGGUGCGUCUGGAUCCCGUCCAGGAUGACAGCCACAAGCAGCCUCAGCCUGGCAGGGACCAGGGCAAGAGCAUGGAUUCCCACCACCAUGAUGAGUUCUUACCACAGCAGGUGGCCGACGGCCAGAGCGAGCCUCCUAAGCCCAGCAAAGACCAGGCCAGUCACCCUCACACCCAGACGCUUGGGUCUCUGAGAGCCAGUGCCCCCAGAAAGGUGUCUUUGAGAGAAACCGAUUUUCAGGAGUCCACCAGGGGGGAUGAGAAAGAGCGUCACCCCCAAAAGCACUCACACAAAAAGCACCCCCUACAGGAGCUGCCUUAUGACAUUUCCUCCCAGGGUUUCUCUGGCACUGGACCCAUCCCUUCCCAAGUCCUGAUCCAACACCUCCCCACGGAGGAAAAGCACUCAUUUUUCAAACUGAGGUCCCCCAACGAAACCACUGAGCCACAAGUCUUCAAGAAAGUUCCAGACACAUACCACGAGGUCUCGCAGGGCCCUUCGGAGGACGACAGUGACAGUGAUGAUAAGGACAAGCAAGAUCAGAAGCUCAAAGUUCCCCAUGUUCACCGGCCACACAAGAGGCUGAAAGCUAUGAACUUGUGCUGUUGGCUGUGGGAAGAAAUCAUCAAACUCUAUGGGAACUUCCGGAAAAUGAUCAGUAAACUGACGAGCUCUCGAAUCUUUGAUCUCUUCGUUGCUUUCAUCAUAUAUAUAAACAUCAUCACGCUGGUGGCCCAAACCUUUGCUAUCGUUGAGGUCCGGGGCGAAUGGUACUUCAUGGCUUUGGACACUGUUUUCCUUUGCAUCUACAUGAUUGAAGCAAUGCUUAAGAUCAUCGCUCAGGGCUUCCUUUAUUUUUCCAACACCUGGAACAAACUGGAUUUCUUCAUCAUGUCCCUGGCCGUGGUGGACUUCAUGCUGGUACAGAACAACUACUUCUCCUUCAACCGCCAAGUUUACAACCAGAACCUUUACCGCAUCUUUAAGGUCUUAAAGAGCCUGAGGGCCUUGAGGGCCAUCCGGGUCAUGCGGAAGCUCAGGUUCCUGAGCAGCCUCCAGAAGGUGACAACUACCCUGGCGCGGUCCUUGCCCUCUAUCACGGCCAUCCUCAUCCUCAUGUUCACCUGCCUCAUCCUCUUCUCGACGGUGCUCCGGGCACUGUUCCACCACUCGGACCCCAAACACUUCCAGAACUUUCUCACAACUAUCUUCACUCUCUUCACCCUGCUCACCCUGGAUGACUGGUCACUCAUCUACCUGCAAAAUUGGGAAACCGGUGCCUGGUACAUUGUCCCCAUCCUCAUGGUCUACAUCAUCAUCCAGUACUUCAUCUUCCACAACCUGGUGAUCGCAGUCCUGGUGGACAAUUUCCAGAUGGCGUUGCUCAAGGGUCUGGAGCAAGAGAAACAAGAGGUGCCGGGGCAGGAUUUUCAGCUGCAGGAUGACUCGAUGAGCAAGCUGGCCAAAACAGACUCUUAUGAAGAGUUGUCGGACGUUGAAAAAAGGCAGCAGAUGAUGGAGAAGAAAUUCGGGACCAUGACAGAGAAGCAGAAGGAGUUUGUGAUCCACUUCCUGCAGCUGGUGGCAGCUGUGGAGCUGCACCAGCAGAAGUUCCGCUCUCAGGCCUCCAUCAUUGAUGAGAUCGUGGACACAGCCUUUGAGGUAAAGGGGGGGUCUGCGGGUGGGGGCCCUGAGGAGGCAGCUGGCCCUCACCCUGCCCACCUCUCCCUGUGCAGGCUAGAGAAGAGGACUUCAAGUAGUGCUCCUGCAGAGACCAGCUGCCCACUGGAGCCGGCCGUCUCCUGA